AGCUCCAGCGAGAGAAGGUUAGCCAGCAGCGAGUGAAGAAAAUGGCGAUCAUGCAGGACGAAUGCCUCCCCUCGUAGAUGCUGCAAACGCGUUGAAUUUUUUUUUUUAGCCUUACAGCCGGCUUUCAUUUCCACUCUGUUGCACUUUAUACUUCAAUGAGAGAUUUGGAAUUGGAAGCUGUUGCCACCAAAGAAACUGAAGCAUCUUAACAGGGAACACACCCACAGAGGGAAGAACAGUGGAUGGAAGAGAGAGAGAGACGGAGUGUGUGACGAGGAAAGGAGGAUAAGAAGAUACAGGACUGGACAAAAGUGCCAGAGUAUACCAAGUCCAGGCAGACUCCUAAAUCUUAACCACGCCCCCCCUUCCCCCCCUCCCACACACAAACACACACAUUCAGUCUUCAGCACGUCCUCAGCGAUGCCAAGGAGGCCCGAUCAGCCUGCUGCCCACUCUGAAAAGCCCUGCCUCUUCACCCCAGACCCUUGAGGCUGUGCCCUCUGAGAUUUGACGAUUGACCUCCCCCUUGUCGACCUGGGAACCAGAGGUCACCUGUUCUCCACUGAACCCGGGGAGGCCCUCCUGCCCAGUCAGGAGCCGCAGCCACGUGCCGCACUCACAGGCAUGGCUCCCAUUCGGGAUUCCGUCAGCCACUCCCCUAAUCAAACAGGUCUUGAGCAUUCGGGCUUGGAUUCGCAGUAUGAGCCUUCUCCCUGGUCCUCUGGCUCUCCCUGCAGCAGUGACAGCAACAGCAACUGGGGAAAAGUCCUAGUGGACGGAAGUACCGACAAACCCAACAACCCUUCUUCAACUAACUCUUCCGUCUGGCCCCCCUCCUCCUCCUCAUUCUCUUGCUCCUCGUCUUCUUCCUCCUCUGGCUGUGGGUCAGGAUCAGACCCUGAGUUGGCAUCAGAAUGCAUGGACGCAGACUCUAGCUCCUCGAUCGGCUCAGAGAAAAACCUCGCCGCUGUUGCUGUGACAACAGUGAUGAUGAUGUCAGCAAAUGCUUCUUCCUCUGUGUCUUCUACGACUUCUUCUCCCUCUUCUAUGGUGACUUCUGCCAUGAUGGUCGGGGUUUCAGUGAACGGAGACAGCAACGGCAACAGUCGUCAGGUUAUUAGCGGAGGAAUGGGAACCAUCAGUGGUGCAAAUAAUGGAAAUAAUAACAUCACGGGCCCCUCCCACUUCUCCGUCGCUGGGUCCAGCAGUAUUGGCAGCAAUAACAUGGGUAACCACAACAACAAGCUUGUCAAUAACAGUGGUGUAUGGGGUACCCAGUCAGGCAGCAACAUGAUCACCACCGGCGGAAGCACCCCCUGCAUCAAUGGAGGGUUAACCCAAAACACUUUAAACCCAAAUGCCAACCACGGUGCCUGGCCACAGAAUCCAACCCCAAGCCCAGUGUCCCAGGGCCAACGGCCUCCACAGGCUCAGGGGAUGAGUUCCAAACUGGGUAUAGCUCCCCAACAGGGCCCCUUGCUGGGCUGGGGUGGCAUGGCAGCUCCAGACAACAGCAGUAUGAUGGAAGACACUGAGGUGAAUAAUGGUACAGCAAACAGCAAGGUGUUAGGAAGCAGCAACAGUGGAAAUGGUGGCCUGCAGCCUACCAACCUUAACACUGAAUCCAAUGGACCAAAUAACACUAUAAUGAUGAAUACUACUACUACUACUACUAACGCCACAAUGACCUCUAGUCCACCAAACUCUACCGCCUCACCCCAGCUCAGUGGGGACUGUUCCUGGGGCUCCAUUGGAGGAGGGAGUGGGGGUCCGCUGGCCAAUGGAAACCCCACAUCAGCCCCCCAGCACCCCCAAGGAGAGCUGGGAGGUCCUGGGGCCUUCGGUACGCCUUGGGGCGCAACUACCUACCCUGGAGACAAUUGUCCCCCAAAUGCAGACACUGUGAACCCCCAAAACCCUGCCUUAAUGCAGGCUGGGAACCCCCAAAUCUCCUCUACUGCUGCUUACAAGAGUAAUAAUAACCACAAUAACACUGGGGCUCCACGCUGGGACCAGGGGCCUGCCAACAACCCAAACCAGCCUCAGAGCAGCUUGUCCUGGGGUGUUGGCUCAAAUCAAAUCCCAGCCUCUGCAGGCCAAACACCAGGAACUGGGAACCAAACUACAAUGGGCCCUCCAGUAGGGAUACCUCGCCCCUGGGGAAGCAGCGCAUCCUCUUCUUCCUCUUCCUCAUCAUCCUCUUCCACAUCUAACAACAAGAUGUCAAAUGGAGAAUGGGGAUCAACAAUUCCUGGUAACAACCACACAGAUGCUGGAAGUCAUAAAGGAAGCGCUGCCAACAAUGGCUGGAAAAGCCUGGAGGAUGACGCCAUGGGCAUGGGAGGCGGGGGUGGAGGAGGAGGAGGAGGAGGAGGUGGUGGAGGAGGAGGAGGAGGAGGAAGCCAUAGUUUAGGCAGUGUGACUGGAGGAUGGGGUCGCUCUGGAGGAAGUGAGGGAAGUGGCGAGAGCUCUGGAGGCCGAUCCAGCUCAGACAGAGACAGCAGCCAGCAAAAAGGGGUAAACCGCAGAAAAGGUAACCUUACUCCAACAAUAGUAACAAAUGUGAGCAGGGUUGAUCUGGACCCAAGGGUUCUGUCCAACACUGGAUGGGGACAGACGCCCAUACGGCAGAACACCGCCUGGGAUGUCAAUUCUCCUGCUAACAAUCAGCACCAGGCUUCCAGGGGAGACGAAAGAAAGCAUAGCAGCGGAGGCUCCGGAUGGGGCACAGCAACACAGGCAGCUCCUUCCCAGACCUCUGGAGGUUGGGGAGGUGGGCCAGGUAGCUCAGGCCCAGAUACAGGAGGUUCUGGCUGGGGAGAGCAAAGGUCAACCUCUGGUUGGGACAGCAAAGUCCCAGCAAGUGGAGGAGGUGGGCAGAGUGGCUGGGAUGAUGGUUCCAGCUACAAGGGGGGCAACAACAACAGUAACACCUGGAGCAACAACAUAAACAAAGAUGACAGAUCCAAUACAUGGACUAAUGCACCCAAACCGCAGCAGGGCUGGGGUUCCAGUACUGGAAAUGGAAGUGAAGGCUGGGGUAAUGGUGGAGAUAAUCCUAGAGCCAGGGCCAACAACCACUGGGGGGAGCCCCAAAAAGGUGCAGGCUCAGUGGGCUGGGACAGCGACAGUGACCGAUCUGGCUCUGGAUGUUGGAGUGAGCCAAGCCGAACCAACACCAGCAGCAGUAACACCUGGGUAGGGAGCGGAGGAUCAAAUACUCCAGACCAGAGCACUCCAAACCCAGGCUCCAACUGGGGCGACUCCCACAAAGCCAAUUCUCAGAGUAAGAGCCAGGGCUGGGGUGAGCCAACCACUAACAACCACGGAACCCAAAACUGGGGUGAGCCGAAUCCCAAGACAUCCAAUGAGUGGGGAAAAGGUCCUGAAUCCAACAUGUCCAGAGGCAAUCAAGGCCCUAACAAGCCCACAGGAUGGCUGGGAGGGCCCAUUCCCACAGGUGGUCAGAAGGAGGAAGUGGCGACUGGGUGGGAGGAGCCUUCUCCAGAGUCCAUCCGUCGUAGGAUGGAGAUCGAUGAUGGAACUGCAGCUUGGGGAGACCCUGGUAAAUACAGCGGUGGAUCUGUCAACAUGUGGAACAGGACUGGCCAAUCAGACCAGGAGGCGAUGGGUCCAGGCCCAUCCUCUCAGCACCAGUCCCACCCAGCACACAACACAAUGCAUCCUCCACCACAGCCAAUGCAGCAGCCUGUCGCCCAGGACAAAAGCUGUAGUUCUGGUUGGGGUGAGCCCUACCCCCAGCAGAAGGAGUCCUCAACAUGGAGGGAGCCUACCACUGCUCCGCCUGUGACAGUGGACAACGGGACUUCUGCAUGGGGGAAGCCCAUGGACAGCACAUCCAGCUGGGAUGAACACAGCAGGGAAAGCAGAGAGUCUGGUUCGGGAUGGGGCAACCAGCAUAAGUCUGUAGCUCCAGGUCCCAAGCCCAUGGAGACAUGGUGUGGUGAGGAGGUGUCCAUGAGCAACAGCUGGGACCAAGAAGAGGAGGUGGAGAUCGGCAUGUGGAGCAACAGCCAGCAGGACAACAGGUCUCAUGACCAAAACACCUGGAACUACAAGCAUAAAGGCUCCAACAAGAUGAACAAAUCAGUCAACAAACAGGAUGAACCAUGGAUGAAACCUUUCAUCAACCAGUUCAACAGCAUGAACUUCUCUCGAGACUCUCCUGACGACUCCAUGAAAACAGGAGGAGGGAUGAUGCAGGACAAGCGUAUGGACCUGGGCGGUAUGGGAGACUACAAUGGAGUGAUUGGGAAGAAUCCCGGGUCUCGACACCAGCUCCACAAGGAGUCUGCCAUGGAUCGCAGCCCUUACUAUGACAAGAAUGUAAACCCUAUGUUGGGUGGCAGCAGUGUAGCACAGGGCCGUGGCGGCCCCCAGUCCCAGGUCCCCCCCCAACCCAACCUUCGUAACCAAGUGCCUCCGCCCAUCCUGCCCUCUCAGGUCCCUCCAUCCCUGUUGAAGUACCCAGGAGGUAACGGAGGCCUGAACCCUCUGUUUGGCCCUCAGCAGGUGGCUGUGCUCAACCAACUCUCCCAACUCAACCAGCUGUCACAGCUCAACCACAUCAACCAGUUACAGCGUCUUCUCCUCCAGCAGCAGCAGCAGCAGCAACAGCAGCAGCAGCAGCAACAACAACAACAACAACAGCAGAAGGCUCAGAGCCAGAGAUCCAUGCCUGUGGGACGACAGACUGAACCGACACGUCCUAUUGGUUCGUCUCCAUCAAUGAUGCAGCCGCCACGGCACCUGGACCCCUCCCUGCUAAAGCAGCCCCCACCCCUCAAACCGUACAUGGAUAACUACAUGUCCCACAAUACCCCUGACAUGCAGAAGGAUGCUGCAGCUCUUGGAUCCUUCAGCAACUUCCCUUUAAGCUUGAACUCUAACCUGAAUGUAUCCCUGGACAUGGGUGUUGGUGGUGGUAGUAGCGUAGGCGGAGCUGUUAGCUACAAAGAGCCACCCCAGUCCAGAAUGAAGAAACUUUGGGCUACUGACCCUCUGGAGCAGAACAGCAAACCUGGUGCUAUGUCGUCUGGGCUGCGUCUGGAGGACUCUCCCUUCUAUGACUUCCUGUCUCCUGGCCCAUCUCCCCUGAGUCCUCCCGGCCAAUCAAUGGGCUCGGUGGGCGAUGGCUGGCCACCCCGUGCCAACUCCCCCCCGCCCCAUGGAAACACUGUCACCUGGCCCCCAGAGUUCCGGCCCGGGGAGCCUUGGAAAGGUUACCCCAACAUUGACCCUGAGACUGACCCUUAUGUGACCCCCGGCAGUGUCAUCAACAACCUCUCCAUCAACACCGUCCGCGACACAGACCACCUCAGGGACAGGAACAACGGGCCAUCCUCAUCACUGAACACCACGAUGCCUUCUAACAGUGCCUGGUCAUCCAUUCGUGCCUCCAGCCACAGCGGUUCCCUCACCAGUACAGCACAAAGCACUUCAGCAGCCAGACCCAGUGAGUCAAAGUGGUCUCCCAGCGGCGGUUCUGUGUCUAACUCCUCCCUAGCCCAUGAGCUGUGGAAGGUCCCCCUGCCUCCCAAGGCGCUGUCUGUGGCGGCCCCCUCCAGACCGCCACCCGGCCUCACCAGCCUGAAGACCAGCCCUGCCUCCUCUGGCUGGGACAGCUCUGCCCUAAGACUGGGAGGGUGGGGCUCCACUGAGUCCAGAUACACACCUGGUUCCAGUUGGAGUGACAGCAGCAGCUCAGGGAGAACCCAAUGGCUCGUUCUGAAAAAUCUCACACCUCAGAUUGAUGGCUCUACCCUGAGGACCUUGUGCAUGCAGCACGGCCCUCUGAUCACAUUCCACCUCAACCUGCCGCACGGUAACGCUGUGGUAUGCUACAGCUCCAAGGAUGAGGCCGCCAAGGCCCAGAAGAGCCUGCACAUGUGUGUUUUGGGGAACACUACUAUUCUGGCUGAGUUUGCCAGCGAGGAGGAAAUCAACCGUUUCUUUGCACAAGGGCAGUCAUUGGCCACUCCCUCCUCUGGCUGGCAGACCAUUGGCUCUUCUCAGAGCAGAAUGGAUCAGCCCCACCCCUUUCCCAGCCGCGCUCCUGAACCUAACCAAUGGAACAGCAGCGAUCUCCAUAGCUCCUCCCUCUGGGGCGGGCCCAACUAUUCCAGUAGCCUGUGGGGGACACCCAGUGGCACCGAGGCGGGGAGGAUCAGCAGCCCUUCUCCAAUCAGCUCCUUCCUCCCGGUGGAUCACCUGACAGGGGGUGGGGACACCAUGUGAACCGCCUGCCAAUCAAACAGGCUGGGGGAAGGGUCAGUAGAGAAUUAUCAAUAAUCAGCAGAAGAAAAUAUUGAAAAAAAAAAAAAAAAAAAAGUAGUUAUAAACGCAAUGGCACUAGUUGGACUCUUUCUCACUUACAAGAUAUUCAACAAAACGGGGUCUCCCCUGUGGAAAACAAGUUACGUUUCUCUCUGCACAUAUGUCCACUUUGUUUUAGCCCAAAAACAUAUCAGUCGGAAUACUUGAAUCAUGCAGGCCAAUUC